AUUGCUUUUUUUAAAAUAACUCACUCCCACUGUCCGUCUCUCGAAAUUAACGAUCUAGACCCAAAGCACAGUCAAGCUACCGCAAAAAAAGAGGUCGAUAACCAGCCAUUACGCUCCUUCUCAGUUCUCUGUCACGGUAGACAAUGGCAGACGAGUUGGCAUCAGUUUCUCCCGUUUUUCCGCACCAGGGCGAGUACCCAGAAGUAGAAGAAGAGGACUUCUACGAACAGAUCUCAGCGCCCAAGUAUGUUGACCUCACUAAGCCCGAUCCCCGCCGCUCCAGCGAAGAUCGCUACUGGUUCUGCCUCCGGGUUGGUUGUGACCAAAAGCACGAAGAAGAAAUGGACUCCGAAGCAAUCUACAAAAAUUUCGUUCUUAGAGUCAUGGCUGCAAGAAGUCCCAACGUGAAGCUUCGAAAAGCACUGUGUAACAAGGAGAAAAGCCACAAUCUGAAAUGCCCACAGACAGUACCAGCGAAGCCUUCCAGGCCUAGAGGGCCGAGGCUUGCUUUGAUUUCUUCAAUAUCUAAGAAACUGGUCGACAACAAAGCAAAACUCAAGCCGCUCCUGAAGCAGACUGCAACAACUCCAAAAGUAAUGGCAAAGCAACCUUCCAACAUGGCCAAGGCUCUAACAACUCCAAGAAACAAAAAGCCGGCAGUGUCAGAACCCGCUGCUGCAUUUAGGAGCGUUAGGGCCCCGAAAUCAACAGCUCUGAUAGGAUUGCCAAAGAAGAUGGGAACAGCCAGGACUCUGGUAUUUCAUUCGCCUAAGAAGCAAGUAAGAACAAACCCCCCAUCUGAAGGAAUAGACAGUAUGAAGACCUUGUGUUCCGGCAUGAAAAAGCUGGAGAUUACAAGUGGGAAUAAGCAAAUGAUGAGGAGCACAACAGCAGUAUCAGAUGCUAAGAGAAAACAGCCAAGGGGACGGGAGGUUAAAAGCCGGGUUUAUGAUGGACUCCUCCAUACUCCAACUAAAGUAGCCAAACAAGCUAAAUCGUCCAAGUGCUUGGAGGGAAAGAACUUGGAAACAAGUUCGAUGAUGCUGCAGCCCGACUCUGAUCAUGCAGCUUGUAAAGGGGUUCAAGAUGAUUCUUCCAAUGAACUAGACACUGAGGAGAAAUGCAGAAAUGGCCCUCAGGGGAUGAAUGCCAACGAGAGCCGUGCAAGUGGACAAGAGAAUGUGCUGGACGCUGUUAUGGAAGAGGGGUUUGAGGAAAUCAAGAUGACGGAUCAGGGGGCUAUAACUUCAGCUUCCAGUGGUGGAGAAAACCACUUCGAAGUAGCAGCAGAAGGUGAUAAAGAAAAUGUUUCAGCGUCUGAUGAGAAUAGGCGUUUGGAUCACAAUGCAGACGGUCGUGGAAAGAAUGCUCUUGAAAAUCAGAACAAUUUGAACGGCAGAAAGACCCGGAGAAUAAUGGCUAAACCUUUGAAAGAGAGCUCUGUGGCUCCUGUUGCUGUGGUAGCUCGAAGUCUAAAUCAUAGAAAACCAAAACCUACACAUCCCAAGCCGUUUCGCUUAAGAACUGAUGAAAGAGGGAUUCUUAAGGAAGCAAACAUGGAGAAGAAGCUCCAUCCUACACUUAAAGAACUUACAACUGUCCCACAAAGAAGACAUCAACAUGUUCUCCAAAGAAAUGAGAAGAACCUUGAACAAACUGAACUUGGUAGUAAUACACAUGAAGGCAGUGAAACUGAGGAGAUAAACAGCAGGCCACAGAAGGAACAACCUCAAAAUAAAGCUUCUGGCUUGAGGAAUCCAAAAGGAAUAUCUACUCCCACUCCAAAUAGGCAGCAUACACUGUCUUCACAGAAGAAAGUUGCAGCAGUUCCACGACGCACUCCAAGCAAAGCCGCAACAACGGGUCAGAAGGCGAGCAGGACGCCCUUGACGAAGGCUAAAACAGCAUUGUCGCCAUCACCACCUGCAACAACUUGUGCAGUAGAAAUGGAUGAUGCAACUUCUCAGCCAUUGACAGAGGGUAAGAAGUUGGCUGUUCCAAAAGGGCCUAAUUUCCACGUCACUCACUUGCCCAAGAGCUGCGCAAGGAGAGUCGGGUCUUGAUACUUUGUUUAUUAAAAACAGAUUUGAUCUGUGCUUUCUAUUCAAUUGAUUCAUUGAAUUCUGUGUUUGUGGUCAGCCAUUUAUAGUUUCGUGACAUGUAAUAUCAUUGCGGGCCACUUGAAUGUGUUGUUUGUAACGUACUAUUUAUGUUUGUCCAUACUCCAUAGCCCCCAACUGAAGAAGCGAAGAUAGCUUGCUUACCUUUUUCUGUGUUUCUGUAUUGCUUUUUUGUUUCGGUCUUUUGAUUGUAAACAACGGCUGCCCUCUGCAUAAUCAGCUAGCUGCGUUAAUCAAACAACACUUUGUAUCUCAUCUCCUCUCUUCCGAAGAAACAAGUUGCAAGGCAGUAACUCUCUGUGUCUUUCCCCAUCGAUGGAUCUGCAUUGAUUUUGAUCUGUUUGUGUGCAAGACUGCAUACUAGUCCAUAGUUCUUGUCCUUAACCUUCACAUUGUUCAUCUCACGCUACGCGACAGAGAUGACAACUUCCAAGCUGCAGCAGGUCCUUCAAGACAACUUGGAUGAUCGAUCAGACUCUGUGAUCUACCCAAACUGGCUCUACUUAAGACAUUCUUUGCGCAGCCUCCUUAGCCAAGAGUCUCUCC